GAGCUCUCCGGUCUCCACCCACACGCUGAUCCAGGUAUGACCGAAUCAACGAGGAGCUCCUCUCUUUUAAAAUGUGUAGCCCUUGUAGCGACAUGUUCUGGGGUUUCACUUUACUUUUCAAGCUUCUUUUGAUUGUCCAGCAUGGGCAUCACCUCUAUAAUUUGAAUGCGAACUUCAUAUUCCAAAUCUCAUUGCAAUGUGGAGGAGGACUGUGUUCCCCACUCUGCUCUCUUGCUCCAGUUGUUUUCUUACAAGCAUUUAGUGUUGGUGAUGGUCCAGUAUGUCAAGAAUUAAUGGCAUACUGAACCUGUUACAAGGAUGCAACAGCAUGAAAAGGCUUCAAAAGAUCCAAGCAUUUGUCAUCGUCAAUGGGUACCAAGACGACCUUGCCAUUUCAAACAAACUCCUGAGCUUCUGUGCUAUCUCCGUCUCAGGAAGCCUAGCUUAUGCCCAUCUUCUCUUCAACCAGAUUAACAACCCAGAUACUGCAGCUUGGAACUCAAUGAUUAGAGGCCUCUCUCAGAGCCCAUCUCCUCUGAAGGCAAUUCUCUGUUAUAAUAGUAUGAUGUUUGAGGGUCAGAGCCGACCUGACGAUUACACAUUCUCGUUUUUGCUCAAGGCUUGUGAGAAAUCCAAGGCAGAGGAGAAAUGCAGAGAAGCCCAUGGGUCGAUUAUAAGAUGUGGGUAUGCUGAGGAUGUCACGGUAUGCACGAAUUUGAUGAGAUCGUACUCGGCAAAUACAUCCAUUGAAUGUGCACAGAAGGUUUUUGAUAGAAUGACCCAGAGAGACUUAAUUUCUUGGAAUGCGAUGAUCUCUUGCUACUCGCAAGCGGGCUUGCACGAUGAGGCAUUGAAGAUUUACGAUCAAAUGAGAAUUUCGGAUUUGGGGCUUGAUGCCUUCACCCUUGUUAGCUUACUUUCGUCUUGUGCCCAUGUGGGGGCACUGAAUUUCGGAGUUCACAUGCAUAAAUUUGCACGUCAAAAUGGGUUCUUGAACAAUGUGUUUGUGGGAAACGCUCUUAUAGACAUGUACGCCAAAUGCGGCAAUUUGGAUGGAGCUCGCCAGGUUUUUGAUGGGAUGAGAAGGCGUGAUGUAUUUACUUGGAAUUCUAUGAUUGUGGGGUUGGGUGUCCAUGGUCAUGGUGAUGAGGCUAUUCAAAUUUUCCAGCAAAUGUUGAUGACCGGGAUCCAUCCAAGUUCGGUUACAUUCCUUGGCUUGCUUUGUGGAUGCAGUCACCAAGGUUUAGUUGAGGAAGGUCUCAAGUAUUUUCACAUGAUGCGUUCUGAUUUCAGUCUGAAGCCUGGAACUAAGCACUAUGGGUGCAUGGUGGAUUUGUAUGGACGUGCUGGAAAAUUGGAAGAGGCACUUGAAUUUAUUCAGAGGUCUCCUGUUGGAGAUGAUCCAGUUAUUUGGCGAACCCUACUUGGUGCUUGCAAAAUCCACAGAAAUGUGAAAACAGGAGAGAUUGGUAUGAGGAACCUAGUUCGUCUUGAGGCACUAAAUGCAGGAGACUGUGUGCUUCUGGCAGCAAUCUACACUCAAGCCGGAGAUAAACAAGGUGCAGCAAGGAUGAGAAAACUGAUAAGAAGUCAAAAAUUCAAGACAACUCCAGGUUGGAGUUGGAUUGAAGUUGAUGACAGAAUUCAUAGAUUUGUCGUCGGGGACAGGUCACAUAGUGACACUGAAGAGAUCUAUUCAGAAUUGAAAGAUGUAAUCCAUCGAGCAGUAUUGGCUGGCUAUGUUGAAGAGGAAUCUCUAACACCAGUAUCUGAAUUCACCAACGAGCAAUCAGAAAAUUCAGACCGUUAUCAUAGUGAGAAGCUGGCAAUUGCUUUUGGACUGGCACGAACACCAGAAGGAAAUUGUUUGCGGAUUGUGAAGAAUUUGAGGGUUUGUAGAGAUUGCCAUUCCUUUACAAAGUUUGUCUCCAAAGCUUUUAAAAGAGAAAUAAUUGUCAGGGAUCGAGUUCGCUUCCAUCACUUCAAGGAUGGCUCGUGUUCUUGCAAUGACUACUGGUAAAAGUUGAUAUUAGAACACAACAAUUCCAUAUAAAGCCUUGACCGGUUUGCUAUCAACACAACAAUUCCAUAUAAAGCCUUGACCGGUUUGCCUCAAAGAGUUAACAUAGUUCUUUAAGGCAAGAAGGUGAAUCUCUUUUACACGGGGUGCCUUGUCAUUUAGGCAAUGAGUUAUUUAAAUA